UUCCUUCCCCUUCGCACCGUAAAAACUCCCUUCGUAAUCCCUCCGCUCUCUAAAAAAACCCUAGAGGCGGCUUCUCCUUCCUCGGGCUGUGGCGCUCGGGUCGCUUUCGAUCGCUGCUCUCGCGCUCGGGUCGCUCGCGUCGCUUCCGAUCGCCCUCGUGAUACAAGAUGAAGUUUAAUAUCGCCAAUCCGACCACUGGGUGCCAGAAGAAGCUCGAGAUUGAUGACGACCAAAAGCUUCGUGCCUUCUAUGACAAGAGGAUCUCUCAGGAGGUCAGCGGAGAUGCCCUUGGAGAGGAAUUCAAGGGAUACGUUUUCAAAAUCAUGGGAGGUUGUGACAAGCAAGGUUUCCCAAUGAAGCAGGGAGUUCUGACCCCCGGACGUGUCCGCUUGCUUCUGCAUAGGGGAACUCCUUGUUUCCGUGGAUACGGAAGGCGUGAUGGAGAGCGCAGGAGGAAGUCAGUUCGAGGGUGCAUUGUCAGUCCCGACCUCUCUGUUCUGAACUUGGUAAUCGUCAAGAAAGGCGAGAAUGACCUUCCUGGUCUCACUGACAUUGAGAAGCCUAGAAUGAGGGGACCGAAGAGGGCCUCUAAAAUCCGGAAGUUGUUCAACCUUUCCAAGGAGGAUGAUGUGCGCAAAUAUGUCAACACCUAUCGCCGAACUUUCACUACCAAGUCAGGCAAGAAAGUGAGCAAGGCGCCCAAGAUCCAGAGGCUCGUGACUCCCCUGACGCUCCAAAGGAAGCGUGCGAGGAUCGCAGAGAAGAAGAGGAGGAUCGCCAAGGCGAAGGCGGAAGCCGCCGAGUACCAGAAGCUUCUCGCGAUGAGGCUCAAGGAGCAGAGGGAGCGCCGGAGCGAGAGCUUGGCCAAGAGGAGGUCCAAACUCUCUGCUGCGUCUAAGCCCUCUGUUGCUGCUUAGGCUUAUUAAAUAGGGCUUCGGAUCUGAAGGUGAAAGUGUGUUACGGACCAAUUAAUUAAGUCUGUGUCUGCUUGCUGAUUUUGUUUUAUUUUUACUUGAUGGGAGUUCUAUGUGGGAUAUUUUGAGUUUGCUUCAUUGUUGACUUUUCAAAUGUUGGAUCGGAUUUUGCUGAAGCUAGCAUUUGGCUAUUGCUUUUCUGUUUCUUUA